AUGCCACGGCCCUCGGCAAAACUUCGCCCUGCCGCACCGACGUCUCCCUCGCCGCCGAAGAAGCAGUCCCGCAAUGCGCUCGGGCCCGUCUCAGGCAACGUCCGUGUCGACAAGACAUACGGGACAUCCAAGCCCAAGUCUGCGUCGCGCAGCUAUGGCAAGACCAGGUCUUCAUCAUAUGCCAUCGCUGGCGACUUGCCAAGGUCGCGGGCUGGUCAGUCACGGAAGGUGUGUUACCACAUAGACUACCUGCGAUCGCCGCAUGUGCUGAUGCCCUUGUCGAAGCAGACCGCAAAGCCCUCGGCAUCGUCCAUGGCGCUGCCCUCGUCCUCGUCCACGUCCGAUGCCAGACCGAAACCUGUGCGAAACCCGCGAGCUGCAUCUACGCAGAGCGAGAAGGAAGUAUCCUCCUCACCUAAGGAAACGGACAGCAGCGAAGACGUCACCACCCAGGAAGGCCCGGCUCCAGGGGGUCGGUCUACGGUUCUCGACUUACCUGCAGCUUCUCGGCCAUCGGUCCGUGUCCGCGGACAGAGCCAGGAGCGAGACGAAGCGACGACUUCAAUACAGCCAAAAAGGAUUGCAAGGCUUCAAGCCCCAGUGCCGCAGCCGCCUCGGACGCACGCGGAGACACUAGGAUCCCGCUCUGAGGACGCAUGGAUGUGGCAGAACAGCAGUUCCUCAAAUCCCCAGGCCACCGAGUCCCAGCCAUCCUCGCAGGAUAAGCGCUCUGUGUUCGUCCGCUCGGGGAACCCCAGCCCCAGCACGCCCUCGGAUAACGACGGGCAGAAUCCCAGAGUGUUGCUGGACGCGAUGCCUUUCGCUACCCAUGGGUAUUUCGAGACUUCCCAGCAGAGCCUCAGGGAAGUUCGGUCGCUUCGACAGGCUCGACGUUGA